AUGGUAUCUCUGCAUUUGAUAAAUUUCCGUGUUGUGCUUAAUUUAUUGAUCACCGCCUUACUUAUAUUCCAUAUGACGUGUCUAUUCGGUGAGCCGUUCGUGAAAUCUGUUAACGGCACAAAACCUACUGAAGUCACACCACCUACAGGAAUAGUACGACAUAAAAAAGGAGACCCGUUUUAUGACAACUGGAUAGCAUCUACAAUUUCUGAGUGGGUGCUAGCACUUCUGAUCGAGCUUCACAUUCUCACUUAUGCUUGCGACCUCAGCAGGAACAUCGUACCAUCACCGAAAGGAUCCCAUCGCAGCAGUGUGAUAGACGGGCAUAUGAAGCGAAUGAGCUUCGAGGCCCCUGUUGACCAG